AUGCACUACCUAUGUGAGGGCUGUGGUAUGUGGUGGGGGGCGUGGGGGUGGUGGGGGGCGUGCGCGGGCGCGGCGCUUGCGGCGCUGCUGCUGCUGCUGGCCGCCAGACGCCGCAGGAAGCACGCGCCGCGCCCGUUACACAAUACUCUUGUGCAUCAGGUGCACAUAGUUCGGGACGCGCUACCGCCGGUCACGCGCCGCGUGCAACCUCCGCCCGGUUUCGCACCGCGCGCUGCCUGCACGCUAUUGGCUGCUCCCCCACCCCCGCCUGACGACCUCCCACCUAACCCACCGCACAUAGUUAUCGUCCAAAACUCAACGCAAAACACUAUUGCACAAAGUUCACAAGUCUCACAACCGUCCACUUCACAAAGCAACCCAGCCAAUUCCACUUCUGAUUAUAGGGGCAUCCCUAAACUACCUCUGCCCGAACAGUGGAUUCACAAGCGACCAUUCGAGUAUAAAUACCCAGCUAUUCCUAGACCUUUAGUCCAGAUCAGUACCGAAUUGACUAUACCCAGACCUUUAUGUCAACUUAAUCAGGAUUUAGGCGCGGAGCUGAACCAGGAAUUGAGAGCGAAGAAAUACAGUGCAACUCGAUCUCCUUCGUUGGAAAAAGACGAUAAAAGUCCGUUUUUGGGAAGUGCUAAAUCAGUUGAAAACGAGGUUUUCGGUUUCGAUGCUGAUAGUGUAGUGAAAUUGGAAACAGAGAUGAUGUCACCAAAGGAAGAUGAAUCACCGAGUAACUUGAGAAGGUUCCGAUCUGUCAGUACAAGAUUAAACAUGUGCAGUGUUACCGAAGCUCAUGAAAGUCAACAAGAAAGGCUGGAGAUGCAGAAUUCCCCGAGAGUUCUCGAAUGCAGUUCUGCGAAAGAAAAAUCUUCGACGUCCAGGUUCGAUUUUUCGCCCAAACUUUUAUCAGACAGUAUAAGUUCACCACGUUUCUUUACUCCCCCGGAAACUGUAUCGCCUUUGUUUUUCCCGGAACCUUCUCCUAUAUCUGUUUACUACGAUACAGUGAGGUCGCCUAAGUUUUUCCCAGAAACUCCCAGGGAUACUGAAGUACCACAGUCUCCAAAAGCUUUAGGAGUACAUUUAAAUAGAAAUGGAUUUGAGAAACCUUCAUCUCCCAGAGUUUUAAGUGCAAAACCUAGUCCAAAAAUCCAUAGUUGUAAUAAGGAAAAUUAUUUUACUUUCGAACCCGUUGUAAUGGAAGAACUGAAUAGAGCUCGACCUAAAAAGUAUGUAGGGCGAAAUUCAAUUGAAAAAGAAAGGUUUACACCACCAGCCGAUAAAGAAAUAAAGAAAUACAGACGCCAUAAUAGCUGCGAUACAAAUUACAAAAAUGUGGAACUAAAUAUAACUAAUUAUGAUGAUAAUAAGGUAGAAGUAAAGGCGGAAAUCAUAGCCAAGGAAAUUGAAGAAAUGAGCAAAGAUGAAGUAGAUUGUUGUGCCAAAAUGGAAACAUUAAAAAUCGAUAAAGAACCAGAAAAAUUGGACUUGAUACCAACGCAUUCGAGUACAGAACACAUGAGACGACAAAGAUUAAAAUCGAUAUCUUUAGAUUCGGACAACGCGAAAAUUAUAGAGCACAAUUUAGGUUUACCAAUUGCUAAACAGAUGAAAGAUCAAAUGAACGAAGCAUAUAAAAAUCAGGAUGUUAGCACAUCUUGUGAGAGCAUGGGUUACCCGAAAACGCCGCAGAGCGAAAAACCAAUAUUUAAAUUUGAUGAUGAACCAAAAGACAAAGUAGAGGAUGAACCUAAAUCACCAGAUCUUGUUAAGAAAAGUUUAAGACAGAGUUCCGAUAUGCAGUCGUUCUUAGACAUGCCCAGAUUUUCCCCAAAAGAAUUUGAAAUUACAGUCACUUCAGAAGAUGGAGCAACUACAACAGCCGAAACGCAAACGAAACGAAAAGGAAAGAACCUACGAAAUUUAACUAUCGAUUUAACGAUACGAGAUAGCGAAUUAGAAAAAGAAUUACUUGAAUUUGAAAAGCUUUACGAAGAAAAGAAAGUUAAAACACCAACUUUGAAAGUGAAAGCUACCUCUCUGGACUCCUCUGAAACUGUAAACCUUUCAUUGCCACAGAAGAAAACUUUGGAUGUGCCGCAAAACUCUGUUUCAGUACCAAACACUCCAAAAAGACAGAUAAAGAGGAUUUUGGCACAAAAGAACUUGAAACACGAUUUCGGAGGUGGUAAAAUGGGCUUUAACACUUUACAAUGCAAUGCAGAACGCCGACUUUACAUGAAAGGUCAAGAUUCUGGUAUAUUUUUAAGAGAGAACCAUGCAAGUCUCAUGCUAUAUCAACCAGGUACAUCUCGAAUGGGAUCCAGAACUAUGGGAUCAUUCGACGAGAAUAUGACGGAUUUUACUGAAAAUCCUCCAGAGAUUAACAUCUGUGGUGCUGACAAUCGCCUCCAGGUUGAAUCGGGACAUAUGCUUGGGUCUAAUCUUUUGAACUACAAACAGAACCUAAGCGUAUCAAGCACUAAUCUUAAAACUUUACCAGAAGGAGUCCCGUCAGACGAUUUCGAACCGACAGAAGAUGAGAAGGUCGUCAAAAAGUUACACAGAAGGAAUUCGAAUCAAAGUCUCUUGCUAAGCACGCAUAGUUUACAAAGUUCCAACUGUUCGUUAAAUAGUUCUGGCGCGUCUUGUCAUAAUUUAACUACUGUAAGAACAAGUAUUAGCAAUUUUAGCCUAAAUUCAGAUGGACGACAGAAGAAACUGACCUUAGAAAGGAGAGAUUCGAACACAAUGCUGAAUACUGAACAUUUGACACCAACAACCAGGGUUAUUUGCUCUUCAAACACUAAUUUAAGUGGAGAAGUGUCUAAGAACUGCCUUUUACAACGUAGAGGUUCAAACAACAGCCUUACCUUAAACAUAUGCUCAUCGAACAACCUAAGCAGGCAUUCAAGUAAUAGUUCUUUGAACAAAGACGCAAAGCCUCCUCAGAAAAAAGGUUUGCUAGAACGGCGAAGUUCUAAUACAAGUCUUACAUUAAACAUCAAUAACUCUAACCCACAAUUAUCUGUGAAUCGGAGCUUGAGCAUCUCAAAUUAUAAUCUAAACGGUUCAACAUGCAACUUGAGUAGAUAUAAUAGCAAUCAUAGCAUUGAUAACCCAACGACAGAACCUAGGAAAGGUAUCUUAGAGCGACGUAGUUCUAAUACUUCUCUAACUCUUAACAUACAACAACCUCAAGAACCAAGAGAUUUGGAAAUUGACGAAAAUCUUAUAGAACCUAACCUAAAUAACCUGCCCCAUAGAGAUAAACAUAGAAAAUCUUUAAGUACAGAAAACUUAAUUCCAAAGUCUUACAAGAGUCGUGGUAGACGUAAUAAUGACAAAGGAAUGGGCUUUGGUUCUCAUGACAAUUUAUGGUCAGCAUCGUUCUCCACAGACCAGGAAUACACCCAAAAUCUGACUUACGUAGGCGGUGAUCAGGAGAACGAGAUUAUUUAUGCGUUUGGCAGGCAGGAAGAUCCGAAUUUCCAACAAGGUUUCGUCAGGAAUAUAACUACAAAACCGCUGAGUCCACAAAGUACAUCUGAAGACUUUAGAUUAUAUUUGGCAAAUAUGCAGCAUCUGCAAAAUGCUUCAAGUGUUCUCUCCCGCCAACAAUUAAGAGACUUGAACGACGUUUUCCAGAACGGAUACUCGAAAGUUAAGUGCCACAGUACUACAGAAGGUCAACACUGCUGUUCGAACCGUGUGGAUUCAGACAUAUCUAAAGAAAAUCCACAAAUGGUUAUACCAGAAUUAGCACAACCAUGCUCAGAAUACCAGAAAAUGUUGUUACGAAAUUUGCAUCAAGAAUUUUGGGAUAUGCCAACGAAUUUUCAAGAGAAACCUAUAGUUUCUGGGUCACAUCCUAAGAAUAGGUAUAAGACGAUUUUGCCCAAUGAACACUCGAGGUUUAUUCUGCGAUCUAACGCCGGUGUGGCCAGCGAAGGAUACAUUAACGCCAAUUUUAUUAAGGGGCACGAAUAUGCGAAAAACAGCUACAUCGCCACUCAAGGUCCACUCCAGAAUACGAUCUACGAUUUCUGGUUAAUGGUCCUUCAGAACAAUCUAAAUUUCUGUGAACAACGCCCUCACGACCCUGGUCCUUCGAGUACGAAUUUUGGUGUUCAAAAACUCGUCAUGUUGACGAAUUUCAUCGAAAACAAUAGACAGAAGUGUGAAAAGUACUUUCCCUUAGAACUAAACGAGGAAGAAACUUUUUACAGUCCUGUUUACACCGAAUCCACAAGUUUCUUCGAUGAUACUGAAAUGCUAAAUAACAGAUUUAUUAUCAAAAACGUGGGUAUGGUGAAAAAACCGGGCUACACAAUUAGAAAACUUAACGUAAAAUACGAUGUUAAUCUUAAAAGUGUAAGUGAACACAGCGGUAGUGAACAAUAUGGUGAAGGUGCGUGUGCAGUGAACACCAGUGAAAUAACAGUGCAUCACUAUUGGUUCCACAAUUGGGCCGAUCAUAAGUGUCCUAAAGACGUGAAUGCUUUACUAAAUCUAAGUUUGGACGUCCUGAGAGACACGAAAUAUGAUUUUAGUGAGACAAACGAAGUUGCCCAAGAUAUUUGUCAGUGCGAAAGUCCCAAAGCGGAUUCAAAGUUCGUCUUUCCACCACUGGAGACGGAAGGAAAGAAGUGUGAAAUUAAUUUUGAUGUCGGUACGUCAAUACCUUUAGAUUUUUCAUUAGACCAUGCACCUCCUAUAAUAAUUCACUGUUCAGCCGGUAUAGGCAGAACAGGAUGUCUCAUAGCCAUCUUAAAUGGUAUCAAACAAUUGAUAAAUGAACAGAAAGUGGACGUGUUAGGUAUAGUGUGUAAUAUGCGGCUAAAUAGAGGAGGCAUGGUACAGAAUUCUGAACAAUAUGAAUUAAUACAUAAAGUACUUUGUUUGUUUGAACAAGCGUGUUUGCCAGCGUUAUAGUUUCGUCGAUAAAAAUACAAGAGUUACUGAAUUUAAUCGGACAUAAAAUGUCAAUGCUUAUAAAUAAGUUUAUACUAACUGUAGCUCCAUACAAAAGUAGCAGCGCGUCUUGUAUGUGUGCGCGCCCGCCGCGUCUCGUAUACGGACGCACACACAUAAUUUAAGGAUGCUCUAGCGUUGCACAACACUAGUCGUCUUAACCGCUUCGGUUAUUGGGAACUAAAGAGAAGCCGUUUUUCGGCGUCGGGAAGUGAGCGUGUCUUACAGCUCCGCCACUAAUGAGGAGAUUUGGUAAUGGAUUUUAGAGUCCAUCGACUUAGCGGUGGCAACCGCUAGUUGUGCAAUACGCAACGGGGUGCCUACAGCUCCGGUACUUAUCUGGAAAAUAGGGUGGGUAUUGUACGAGCACCCAAGGCGGCUCACCGGAGGCACCAUCCUCUCGAGAACCGGUUGAAGUCUGUGACAACGGUGUGUGACAACCUUGUACACUGGCUGAUCUGGGGGUCGAUUCAGAACGUUACGAUAAUUCAGUUGUCGACCGAUUCGAUGUGCUAUCGUACGAUUUCUUUUAAUUUUUAUUCACAACACCCGAAUCGAACGUCUAACAGUCGUAUUCGAAACGGAACCGAAAUUACGUCACACUCAAACGAUUACUUCAACUUCUCGACCGGCAAAGGCUACAAACGUUACUCAGAACACAGUUAUCGAAUGUAAGUUACCAACUAUAUACUACCAACCUC